AUGUUCUCCCCGUGCAAGAGGAUGACCAGUUCUUCACGCUCCCAAAUCCUUCUAAUGUGGAAGCCAGACAAGGUUCAGAGUGGACCCCACAAUGUGGAGAAGGAAACGCAUGCUUUGAGACUCUUGCGUGACACUGAGACCUGUCGACAGAAUUUUCGAAAUUUCCCAUAUCCAGACAUAGCUGGUCCUCGAAAGGCAUUGAAUCAACUCCGAGAGCUCUGCCUUAAAUGGUUAAGACCUGAGAUUCGCUCCAAGGAACAAAUCUUGGAGCUGCUGGUGCUAGAGCAGUUCCUGACCAUCCUGCCUGGGGAGGUUAGGACGUGGGUGAAGUCCCAGUACCCAGAGAGCAGUGAGGAAGUGGUGACUCUGGUGGAGGAUUUGACUCAGAUUCUAGAAGAGGAAGCUACUCCUCAGCAUUCUGCCCUUCCCCAAGAGACCCCAGAGGAAGACCCCAAAGGAAGACCUGCUUUCCAGGCAGGAUGGUUAAAUGACUUGGUGACCAAAGAAUCAAUGACAUUCAAAGAUGUGGCUGUGGAUAUCACCCAGGAGGACUGGGAGAUCAUGCGUCCUGUACAGAAGGAAUUGUACAAGACUGUGACAUUACAGAACUACUGGAACAUGGUUUCUCUGGGACUGACCGUGUACCGACCAACUGUGAUUCCCAUGUUGGAAGAACCAUGGCUGGUGAUAAAAGAAAUCUUAGAAGGCCCUAGUCCAGAAUGGAAAACAGAAGCCCAAGAGUGUACUCCAGUUACAGAUACUUCUAAGUUCACAAAGACUGGUACUCAGACCAUCAAGUUGGAGGAACCAUAUGACUACGAUGACAGAUUAGAGAGGCAAGCAGCAGAUACCUUCAGGAAAAUUCCCACCAGCGGAAGAAACUCCCCUUUGAAGUCCGUCCUCUCACAAGAAGAUGACCCUAUGGAAGAGUGUCUUAGUAAAUAUGAUAUAUAUAGAAAUAGUUUUGAAAAGCAUUCGAACCUAAUUAUUCAGUUCGGUACCCAAUCAGAUAAUAAAACUAUGUAUGAUGAAGGCAGGGCAACCUUCAAUCAUGUCUCAUAUGGUAUUGUACAUAGAAAGAUAUACCCUGGAGAGAAGCCUUAUAAGUGUAACGUGUGUGGGAAAAAGUUUAGGAAGAACCCGUCCUUCGUGAAACACCAAAGUACCCAUGCCAAAGAAAAAUCUCAUGAAUGUGAAGAAUGUGGGAAAGAGUUUAGGCAUAUCUCAUCCCUUAUUGCACAUCAGAGAAUGCAUACCGGAGAAAAACCAUAUGAAUGCCACCAGUGUGGUAAAGCCUUCAGCCAGCGUGCACACCUUACCAUACAUCAGAGAAUUCAUACUGGAGAGAAACCCUAUAAGUGUGAUGACUGCGGAAAAGACUUCAGUCAGCGUGCACACCUGACUAUACAUCAAAGGACACAUACUGGAGAGAAACCAUAUAAAUGCUUGGAAUGUGGUAAAACCUUCAGCCACAGUUCAUCACUGAUUAAUCAUCAGCGAGUUCACACCGGUGAAAAACCUUAUAUAUGCAACGAGUGUGGGAAAACUUUCAGUCAGAGUACACACCUUCUUCAGCAUCAAAAAAUACAUACCGGAAAGAAACCGUAUAAAUGCAACGAGUGUUGGAAAGUGUUUAGUCAGAGUACUUACCUUAUUCGACAUCAGAGAAUUCAUUCCGGAGAGAAGUGUUAUAAAUGUAAUGAAUGUGGAAAAGCCUUUGCUCAUUCCUCAACUCUCAUUCAACAUCAGACUACUCACACUGGAGAGAAAUCCUAUAUAUGUAAGAUCUGCGGAAAAGCCUUCAGCCAGAGUGCAAACCUCACUCAACACCAUAGAACACAUACUGGGGAGAAACCAUAUAAAUGCAGCGUGUGUGGAAAAGCAUUCAGCCAGAGCGUACACCUUACUCAGCAUCAAAGAAUUCAUAAUGGAGAAAAACCCUUCAAAUGCAAUAUAUGUGGGAAAGCAUAUAGACAGGGUGCCAAUCUCACUCAACAUCAGAGGAUUCAUACCGGAGAGAAGCCGUAUAAAUGUAAUGAAUGUGGGAAAGCUUUUAUUUAUUCCUCGUCACUUAAUCAACAUCAGAGAACUCAUACUGGAGAACGGCCCUAUAAAUGUAAUGAAUGUGAUAAAGAUUUUAGCCAGCGAACAUGCCUUAUUCAACACCAGAGAAUUCACACAGGGGAGAAGCCCUAUGCAUGCCGUAUAUGUGGUAAAACCUUCACCCAGAGUACGAACCUCAUUCAGCAUCAGCGUGUUCAUACUGGUGCCAGACAUCAUAAUUAA